AUGGCCCAGAAUAGGUCUUUGGAGUCCAUGUUGGACGACGAGAGGAGGGAUGUUUUGGCACUACUGGAGGGGACGACUGGAGGGCACAAUAGAGGAUCCACAAGCUCUGCAGGAUCAGGGCGCUCUUUGUCGCCCUUCACCCCACGAUCGCCCGUUCGGAGCAUGCUGGACAUCGCAGAGGAUCCAGCUCCCAGAAGCUCGUCCGUCGCCUCGGCAAAUGGCGGAAUUACAGGCAACGCACGAGUUGGACCCAUCAGGAGCAUGUUGGACAUCGACGGCUCACCACAUGGACCGGUUAAAACUACCAUGAGCGCCCAGACAUCUCCUACGCAGGCAAAUGUUAGGGCAUAUAGUUCGAAUACUACUCAAGCGCCGCAUCGAAGCCUAUCUGAUGCGGCAGCUCGCCCAGUAGAUUUUGGUCCGCGAGCCAACGUCCUGGAAACGGCAAGAACAAACCCAACGGCUGCCUACCAAUUUGCUGGGUACUUGCCCAGUAAUCCUGGUGGCCGUGUAAUACCGAAGCGGAACACUCAAGCUGGAAAGAAGACGGCCAUACCAACCGCUAUGUCAGAGGUAGUGAGAGGGGCGGAUCUGGGCCUGUUUGGUCCAAACGAUCGUGGCCGCAACCAUUCAAUCGCCGGCACAGGCAUCAGCGCAGCAAAAUCCAAGUCACCGCAUAAUCGCCUUGGACUGCGAUCCAAUUCUCCACACGGCAACCUUCUUUCCCCGGACACGGUCAAGUAUGUCUUGGACGACGGCCGACCGAUAGAUAUGAAUAGUGCAUACCGAAGGCUAUCAGAUGCUAAUUUGGCAUUGUCGGGAGGGGGGCUAUCAACAUUAAGUGGGAAAGGCCGCAGGCGACCGAACAGUGGCGAUGCUAUGGAGAACGCCCGGCUGGAGAAGGAUUACAUUCCAGUGGAAGGGGACGACACCCUUGUUGAUAGUAGCGAUGACGACGAGCAAACUUCUGACGAGGGUAAUCGGGGAAGGAAGAAGCAGGGAAGGGGCCGUAAUGCUGAGAGCGGGGAGAGUCAACUCACGACCAAGCCUUUCGAACCAAGUCGAGUAAAAGGGGCUCGAACAGCUCUGACUUUGCUGGGCGCUGCUGAAGAAGAACGUCAAGAAAUUGCCGCCAAGCAAAAUGCUGCUUACAAGGUCCGAUCGCUGCUUGAGCCCGAGAUCACCGUUACGGCACCAUCCGGUAGCAGAGCGAAAUCAGGCAAACCCGCAGUCCAUCCCAAUACAAGUUUUGAUGAGGGAACACCAGGUUUCAAUACACCAGUGGGGUCUGAUACGGAGGCUGAUUUCUCCGACAUUAAACGCGCCCAAAAGCUUGCCAUCCAUAUGACGACAAUUACUUCGACCCCCAUGACUGGUCGCUGCGUCCGGACAAUUUACCGCGGUGAUUUCGGAAAAAUGCAGCAGGAAGCCCAUGAUAAUCAACGCCGAGUUCGAAAGUAUUUGGUAGCUACAGAUCUCAGCGACGAGGCAGCUCAUGCAUUGGAAUGGACCUUAGGGACAGUUCUUCGAGAUGGGGACACGUUGCUCGCAAUUUACUGUGUGGAUGAAGAAACCGGAAUUGGCGGCGGCAGUAAUGAAGCAAGUGGAGAUGACGCGCAUACGAAAGAGCAAGUAGUGACCGGCGUCCAUUCGACAAAGGCAUCAGCGUCCACACCGGUGCUCACACCGGUACGCCCGAGUUUCAACCUAGAGACAGCUAGUGUAGGCGCAAGUCCAAUGGGGCGAGGCAAGGACAAGGCGGAACAGGAGCGGUAUAGAGCUGUGCAAGAUAUCACGGAUCGCGUGUCAAAGUUGCUGAGGAAGACGAGGUUACAAGUGAAGGUUGUGAUUGAGGUGAUCCAUUGCAAGAGCCCAAAACAUAUGAUUACCGAGGUCAUUGAUUAUAUAUCGCCUACUCUGGUAAUUCUAGGAAGCAGGGGAAGAAGUGCGCUCAAAGGUGUCAUCCUUGGGUCCUUCUCCAAUUAUCUGGUUACCAAAUCAUCUGCCCCGGUAAUGGUGGCCCGCAAACGCCUCCGCAAACACACCAAGUACAAACGCCCCGCCAUCCGCCUUGCAAACAAUCUCUCCAGUCCCGUCAAGAGCUUAGAGAAAGCGAGAGUUGAUUAA